AUGCCCGCGAAGCUUGGCUGGGCGGUCGCCCCCGCCCUCCAUUCGCGCGCCCUCGGCCCCCUCGCGGCCGGCGCGUACGCUGGCUCGGACGCGUCGGCGACGAGGAAGCUCGCCCUCCAGACCCUUCUCAACGGGCAGGGAUACGGCCUAGCCACUGACGGGCUGUGGGGCCCGGCGACAGAGGGGGCGGUCAAGGCAUUCCAGUCCCGUGCUGGUCUUGACGCCGACGGCAUUCCCGGCCCGGCAACUCUCGGUGCCCUGCUUGACCAGGUCAGCGUGGGGUCUUCCGGCAGCGUGGUCAAGGCCGCGCAGGUCUUGCUGGGUGUGGAUGCCGACGGGGAGUUUGGACCCGCGACCAAGGCUGCCGUUGUGGCCUUCCAGCAAGGUGCCGGGCUGGAUGACGAUGGGAUUGUGGGGAGGGACACUUGGGGUGCGUUGUUUGCCGCGGGGGGCGGCGGAGGUGGCGACGGUGGUGGCGGGGGAGGUGGCGGAGGUGGUGACGACGGUGGUGGUGGUGGCGGAGGAGGCGGCGGCGGCGGCACCCCAACUGGUCCUCCCCCACCAGGACCCACUACUGCCCGACCGCCACCCCCUCCUGACAGGUCUGGUCGCUGCCCGGCCGGCAAGCGCGCCGUGUCCAAGGGCAAGACACCCACCUCGAACGGGUGCGGGCCCAAGUGGGUCGGCGACAUCUUCCCCGAAGACGUGCGCAACUACAGGUUUGGGGCGUGCUGUGAUUCCCAUGACGUGUGCUAUGGCACCUGCAGCAAGAACAAGAAGCAGUGUGACGACACGUUCAAGACGUGCGUCUUCUCCAAGUGCGAAGGUGUGCCUCAAAACUUCUUGGCCCCCCUCGCCGACUGCCGUUUCCUCGCAGCUUCGUUUUAUUUGGCCGUGGACAAGUUUGGCGGCGCUGCGUUCCAGAACGGCACAGAGUCGUACUGCAACUGUGUAUAG